GGUCGGUGUUCAGUGGGGUUGAGAUCAGGGCUCUGCGCAGAACACUUGAGUUCUUCUAUAGCAAUCUUAGUAAACCGUGUCUUCAUGUCGGAGCAGGUUUGGGCCUCUUAGGUCCAGUGAAGUAAGAGGUGUGUGAGAGUGAUAGUCAGGUGUCCACAUACUUUUGGUCAUUCUCUCUCUCUCUCUCUCUCUCUCUCUGUCUCUGGUAUCGACUCUUUGUCCUGACCCUCUACACAGCGGUGUUAUAUUUAAACUCGGUGAUUGAUUGUUUUGGUCUGUCUGAGUUCAAAAUGGCGGCGCUCGUGUCCUCUCCACGUGAAGUGUUUUCAGAAGCAGUGAGAGCUGUUUUAGAAACUUGGCCGGUUUUACAGAUAGCGGUUGAUAAUGGCUUUGGAGGAGUUUUCAGCCAGCAAAAGGCUGACUGGAUGGUGGAUGCGGUUCAGCAAUAUUUCCAUGACAACAGCGACCUAGAACAGGACGAAGUGGAGGACUUCCUGUCUGAGCUGAUGAAUAACGAGUUCGACACGGUGGUGGAUGAUGGGAGUCUGCCACAGGUGGCACAGAAGGUGUGUGUUAUGUUCCAGCAGUGUAAGCAGGGGAAACUCGCGGAGGUCAGACAGCACAUCAGCCAGUUAGCACUGAAAAAGGCCAGCGGGAGGGCAAAGGUCACACCUAUUAAAUCUCCUACAGAGGAUGCGGACGAUGAUGGCGACCGUGAUAACGAUGAGUCUAUGGAGUGUGACGAGGCCGGAGCGGGAGCUUCAGUGAGCAGCACAACAGUGAAACUGCAGCAGCAGCCGUUUUCAUCUACACGUACGGAGAAGGAGGAGGAGGAGGAGGAGGAGGGCUGGACAGUGGUGUGCAGGAAAAAAUGACCGAAGCGCCGCUAUGAACGAGUUACAAACUCCGACGUGCCAGAAACGCGGUGUCUGAAUGAGCUUGUGGUAAUGGAGCAAAAAAGAAAUAUCAGCAAUCUACAUCACGAUGGAGCGUGGGGGAAAAUAUAAGACGGGUUUAGCGGCUGUGCUACAUGGUGGUAAAAAAAUCUUACACGGCAAGUUCGGAUGAACUACUGGUAGAGUUGUUUACCAAAACUGUUUUCUUUUCAUUUAGAGUGCUCCUGUUUGCUCUUCACUGCUUUUCCCAGAGCCCUUUCCCUCCCCGUGUAAGGUUGUUAAACGCCAUCAUGUCACAGUUAGUGUUUUAGUGAUUUCAUUACGUCUCGUCAUGCCCUCUUGUGGACACACUGGGAUCUGCAGGACAAGACCAACACGUCUGCAGUGAGUCCAGGUCUCGUGUGUGUUGCACUUCAGGGACUGACAGUGUUCAGCUUGUUUUCUGAGUUUAAUACACUUUUGAAUAUUGUGAUUUAUAAAAUGUUAUGUACUGUAUACCAAGGAUACACUAUCAAAAAAUUAAGUUAGUAUAACACUAACACUCGGUUUUCAGUACGUGCUUACAUUAAGUUUUUUUUAUAAAAAGAGGAUGUUAAAUCAAGCAAUUUUCCCUGGUCAAAAUUUUUUAAAUAUUUGCAUGAGUUAUUUAGUUUUCUACACUCAUGAUUUCCUGACAGUCAAAUUCGACUUCAUUAUGACCGCCGCGUGUCCGAGGAACAGUUCCGGUAUACUACAUCCUGCCGAAUACAUCUUUUUGGCCAUAGUUAGUAUACAUAGAACACACAGGAGGGAUGAAACCGAUAACGUGUUCUGUACAGAUAUGAAUAACGAGGUGUGCUUUUCGUUCUGAUUCGUCUUUGCUAGAAAUGGUUAAGACUAGAGGCGUGCGAGUGGGAGGGUUUUACGAAGGUCGAAUGAAAACCUUAAAAGUGGAUAAUAGAGGAUUCAAAACCUGUUCCAAGGACUUUUAUUAGUAUUAUUAUUAUUUUUAAAACAAAGAGGGAGUGCGAUACACAUUAUUUGAAAAUGAAAUAAACUUCUGUGGCAUUUAUUCACAAUAAACAAUACGAAAUAAUAAA